AUGGGAUCCAACACUCCCCAGUGGACCCCGCAGACCGGUAAUUUGCCUGCUGUCUACCCUUCCCCACCCCCCGAGGAGAACUCGGCGACACCCAUUCCCUUCUUCCACCUCCUCGAGCGCCUCAAGACCACCAAGCGUGAGGGCUGGCGCCGUUUCGGUAUCAAUGGCGAAUCUAUCUCCGACCAUAUGUAUCGCAUGUCGAUCAUGACUAUGUUUGCCCCGCCCGAGCUGGCAUCCAAGCUAAACAUCCCGCACUGCACCAAGAUGGCCCUGGUCCAUGAUAUGGCUGAAUCGCUUGUCGGCGAUAUCACCCCAGUCGACACGGACGUUCCCAAAGCCGAGAAGGCUCGCCGCGAGGCUGAGGUUAUGGACUACAUCACCGAGACUCUCCUGGGCAAGGUUCCCGGCGGCGCACUGUCUGCCCAGGGGAUCAAGAGCGUGUUCCAGGAGUACGAGGACAAUGUGACGCUCGAAGCACAGUUUGUGCACGAUAUCGAUAAGAUGGAACUGCUGCUCCAGAUGGUGGAGUACGAGCGUUCCCACGAGAUUGAUCUAUCUGAGUUCCAGCACGUCGCUAGUCGUGUGCAACUACCCGAAAUCAAGGCCUGGGCUGAGCAGGUUGUUGCUGAGCGACCAAAGCGUGCAUAA